AUGUCCAAGUUCGCCAUCAUCGGUGGGGGUCCUUCGGCUUUCUAUACUGCGUCGAGGCUUCUCUCCAGUCGUGAGCUUGGUAAACACUCGUCAAGCGGGAAGUCCCCUAUCAUCCACAUCUACGAUAGGUUGUGGGCACCUCACGGGCUAGUACGCUAUGGCGUCGCCCCAGAUCAUCCUGAAGUCAAGAACUGUACGCACAAGUUCGAUGAAGUCAUGCAGAACCCUCUCGUUCGCUUCUUUGGGAAUGUGCAGGUUGGUCGAAUAUCUGCCUCGCCUGUUCCGCACGCAAUACCUCUCAGUCUAUCGCACAUACAACGACAUUACUCGGAUAUGAUCAUUGCCACAGGCAGCCCGAUGGUCAACACUCAUCCUGCCCUACCUCCCUCCGAUAACGUCAUCCCUUCCCUCUCUAUGGUGCACUGGUAUACUCAGCAUCCUGCCGCGCCAGAAGCCCCUCCCUUGGAAAACGUCGAGCAUGUAUCGAUAAUUGGGCAAGGAAAUGUUGCGCUCGACAUCGCACGGAUGUUACUCUCCGACCCUGAAGUCCUGGCGAAAUACGACGUCCCAGAGUCCGUACUUGCUUUACUUCGUCGCUCAACUGUGAAGCACGUCUCGAUCAUCGGUCGCCGCGGACCAUUGCAAGCAGCCUUCACGACCAAGGAAGUGCGCGAGCUCAUGAAUCUUUCCGACGCGUCUAUGGUGCCACUCGAUACGGCGGCACUACAGCCUCCGGCGGGCGUCACUCUAAGUCGACAGCAGUCUCGGGUUUUGGAUUUACUCAAGAAGGGAUCCAAGAACAAGCCAGGGACUGCGAAGAAAACAUGGUCGCUCGACUUCUUCCGCUCUCCAUCCAGUCUGGCGCCGCCCGCUGAAGGCGAAGACUUGCACACUCUUACCCUAGCGCACAACGAGCUUGACGGUGCUGGAAGAGCCGUGCCCACGGGUGCAACAUCAGCGCUGAAGACGGAUCUCGUCAUCACCGCACUGGGACAAGCGUCGGAUCCUACAACGCCGUUUUAUGAUGGCGCGGUGCGACACGUCAACGCUGACCCUGUUGGGCGCGUACUUGGCGCCGACGGUAAACCUCUGCGAGACGUCUACUCGACCGGUUGGGCGGCCAUGGGGGCGCGUGGCGUACUAGCCACGACGAUGAUGCACGCAUACGGAGUGGCGGAUCUCAUUGCUACCCAACCCGAGGCCCACGAUGGCGAGAGGUUUAUGGCGAGUGAUGUGGCCCUUGAUCAUUCGGUCCCUGAGCCUGUCAAGGAGGGUUUGUCAAACGGCGUCGUGACGACCUACGAGGACUGGAAGCUGGUAGACGCUGAAGAGGUCAGGAGAGGCGAGGCGGAGGGUAAGGAGCGCGAGAGGAUGGAUUGGGAUCAAGCACGGACGUUCUUGGCACAAGCUCGACCUCGCACAUCCUAG